AUGCCGGAAGAUCCAAAUUAUAGCGACUCCUAUGGAGAAAGCCAUAACAGCAAGCCGAACAUGGUGUCUCCCUAUAAAGAUUCUUUCUUUAAAGAAGUGACCCCUUCCAAGCCAAAUGUGAGGUUUGGUAACGAUGAUGUUAAUAUUUUUGACCAAAGGAAAAAGGUGAAUGAAAUCAACAAAAAUAGUUGUAUUAAAAAGAGUAUUCCACCUUCAACGAAUACAAAUAACACACCAAACAAGUCUAGCAUGAAGUCUCCAAAAGGCAAAAAUACUCCGAAGCCUGAUUUCGAUUAUAAAAGUCAAUUUGAAUCAAACGACGAAACUUUUAAAGAUGUGAAUGAUGCAGUCAACCGUUGCUAUGCACUUUGUAACAUUCCCACUAAGCAUGUAUCCAUAAACAGUAUCUCUGAUCUGGCACAGACUUUUGAAACACUUGCUGUAGGAAUAACUCAUGAAACGAAUAGGAAAGCUGAAUGUGAACGAAGCAAAAACGCAAUAGAUUCAUUGUACUACCAUGAACAGCUGGAAAAAAAAGAACUUAAUGAAAAAAGCCUCCAGAUGGCAAUUGAUCAUUUGCUGAUAGUAACAAAACAAAAUUUAAGACAAGCUGAUGAUACAAACAAAUUGAAAGAAACAGAAGUGCUUAAAAGUUUUUUUGAGGAGAUUGAAGAGGUUGAUGAUAAUAAAAUUUCGAUUAACAAUCUAGAGCAACAGUUACUUGAAGAAAAAAAGGCAAACAAUAUUCUUAGAAGGGAUUACUAUAAACUUCAAGAACGUGGUAGACGCUUGUGUCACGAAUUUCAAGAUUUACAAAACGAUUAUGCACAACAAGUCAAACAAAAGGAGUAUGAGUUGCAGAAACUUAAAAAUGAAAAUAAAACGUUACUCAACAUGAACAAUAAUUUGAAAGCAGAUAAAACCCAAUUUUCUCAAAAGGAGAAACAAUAUUUUCAAAAAUAUACAUAUAUAGAGAAAUACAUGACCCAUGUCAAAGAAGAAUAUAGUAAGAAGGAGGACGAAUGCGAUAAAUUGAAAUUUAAUAUUGAUAACAACGUGAAAAAGAUAGAACGCCUAGAAAGAGCACUUCAGAUGCAAAUUAUUACUCAAAACAGUUUUUCUACCGCAACCAUCCAGGAAGAAGACCCAGAUGAUGCCCAUUUGGAGGACCGUUACCAAAAAGUGAAAGAGUUUAUGGAGCUAAAGCUACGAACUUCCAAGGUCGAUGACCCAAUGAGGUCCGAGACUGAAGCACUUGAUAAUGUGCUUGGUUUAAUUGAGAAUACUAUGAAAACUCUAGACGACAACAGUAAAUAUCAUCCGACUACAACAAAAAAAUGCAUAAAAUAUGUUAUUGGUUCAUCAAGACUCAAGGAAAAUGAACAUAUUACAAAUUAA